UGCAGACUUCUAGAUUGAACAAUUUUUAAGAUGCAACAGGGUCGACCCUCUUAACCGCCUCGAGAACCGGCUAACUGAGCCACGGGGAUCAUCCCUGCUCGGUGAUCGAGUACUUACAUGGCCUAGAAGUUUUCUUUCCUUAAGUCUUCUUUGAUUUGCUGCCUGAUGCACGCAUCGCUAAGCUUCCACACUCCUCCGUGAUCUUCCCCUCGCCGCCUUCCGGUUCGGUAGUCCCCUCUGCAGCUGCUGGAAGGAAGAAGAAGGCGCGAUGAUUUCCACGCGGACGUUUUCGGGGUCUCCUCCUUCGCAGAGUCCAAGAUCUCCAUCGGCGCAACCUUUCCUGUCCGUCUCGGUUACUGACCCGGUGAAAUUGGGGAAUGGAGUGCAGGCCUAUAUCUCGUAUAGAGUCAUGACUAAGACAAACAUGCCAGAAUAUCAGGGACAAGAGAAGAUUGUCAUUCGGCGUUAUAGUGACUUUGUUUGGUUGCAUGAUAGGCUUGCAGAAAAGUUCAAAGGAAUUUUUAUUCCACCUUUGCCUGAGAAGAGUGCUGUAGAGAAGUUCCGCUUCAGUGCCGAGUUCAUUGAUAUGAGGCGUCAAGCUCUGGAUGUGUUUAUUAAUCGUGUGGCGUCGCAUGCUGUACUCAAGCAAAGUGAGGAUUUAAGGAUCUUUUUGCAAGACAAUGAGGAGACUAUGGAAAGGAUAAGAUCUCAAGAGACCGGAAUUUUCAGGAAGAAACCGUCAGACUUAAUGCAAAUAUUUAAGGACGUGCAGUCUAAGGUGAGUGAUGUUGUUUUGGGGAAGGAGAAACCUGUAGAGGAAUCAACUCCUGAAUAUGAGAAACUGAAACAUUACAUUUUUGAGCUUGAAGACCACUUAGCUGAGGCACAAAGGCAGGCUUUCCGACUUGUGAAAAGGCACAGAGAGCUAGGACAAUCACAUUCUGAUUUCGGAAAGGCAAUCAAGCUUCUUGGUGCUUGUGAAGCUGAAUCUCUUGGAAAGGCAUUUUCUGAUCUUGGUUCAAAGUCUGAGUUGAUAUCAAUGAAACUACAAAAAGAGGCUCACAACCUUCUCAUGAAGUUUGAAGAACCACUGAAAGAUUAUGUUCGUGCAGUGCAGUCUAUCAAGGUGACAAUGACGGACAGAGCCAAUGCUUUUAGACAACACUAUGAAUUGGCAGAAACAAUCAGACUGAAGGAGAUAAACCUUGAUAAGCUGACGCUAAUUCGCUCCGAUAGAGCUGGCGAAGCUGAGAUUGAGUUCAGAGAGCUAAAAGCGGAGAGCGAGGAAGCAACCAGAAGGUAUGAAACGAUUGUCAAACUAAUGAAUGAAGAGUUUGCCCAUUUUCAAGAACAGAAAACUGCAGAAUUAGGCCUUGCCUUUCAUGAAUUUGCAAAGGGGCAAGCCAAACUUUCCCAUGAUAUUGCAGAUGCCUGGAGAAGCCUUCUACCGAAGCUAGGUGUCUCUUCUUAGGUACUCUACUGAUUCUUCUAAAAAUUAUUAGAAAAUUAGCUUCUGUUUUCUAGAGUUUUGUAGCGUGCAAUAAUCUUUUUUUUUUUAAUUUUCUUAUUCCCCUUUUUUUUCCAUGUUUUAAAAUUUUAUUGUUAUAAUGACUGCUGGUUGUUAGUA